CUCUAAAGUGUAACCCAGAAGUGAGAAGUGUGCCGUACAGGGAAGUGUGAUCCUAGACAGAACCACAAAACACAAGGGCUUAUUUGGAAAUAAACCACCUAAAUUGUCCUACUUGUUGGAUGGAGCUUGGUGUUCGUUUGAAGAAACAAGAAGCCAACAGAAAAACAGAUCAAGUAGACAGAAAUGGAGAUGUCUGAGUGCAUUUAUGAAAAUGAUCCCGGUGAACAAAAGCAAAUGGAAGAACUCGCCGUGAAUACAAAUGGAGAGAGUGAUGGGGCGGAGGAGAGGACAGUGGAUAUUUAUGAAAGCUCAGACAUCUACAGUGGCCACGCAGCUGUAACACAGAGUGCAGUGCAACAGCAGCCAGGCUGGGCUGUUACUGUGUUCCUGAUGCUGCUCUGUGUUCUCCUCCUGGCUGGCAUUAUAGGCACUGGACUCCACUGCAGAAUCAAAAUGCAGACUCACAGCAAGAGCUGGGCUGAAAUGAGAAACCAAACUUUAGUUGAAUUCAAUCACUUCUGUAAAGAUGGAUGCAAGUUAUUCAGCAACAGCUUUUACUACAUUUCGUCUGACAAAAUGAACUGGAAGGGCAGCAGACAGGACUGCAGAAACAGAGGGGCAGAUCUGGUCGUCGUAAACAACGAAGGAGAGCAGGCAUUCAUCAAUUCCUUUAGACGUAUAUUCUGGAUUGGUCUGACUGACAAAGAAGAGGAAGGAACAUGGAAAUGGGUAGAUGGUUUAAUUCUGAACAGCACAGGGUUUUGGAAAACAGGCGAGCCCACUGGGAAGUUUCAAGGAAAGGAGGAGGACUGUGUUGAGACUUUUUUUCAUGCAAUGAUUAGCAGUUGGAAUGAUGUUGACUGUGCCAUCCAGCGACACUGGAUCUGUGAAAAACGUAUCGACUUCUAACAUCAUUUGUCAAUACACAUAGUGGUGAGCGCCAUCAUUGUUUAUAGGACAGUUUUUCCUUGUACGUUGCUUUUAUGUGUGUGAUGUCUCUUUGUAAAGUAGCAAACAAAUACAGUCCAGUUGCCCUACCAUUUUGCACAUCCCCAGACAUCAUACUGGUAUACUCGUAUUGAGAGAGUUCAAAUUUCCAGACGAGGAAGCAACUUGAAGGAAGCCCUCAUCAGUGAGUAAAGACUCAACCACCUUUGGGAACGAAUGAGGACCUGGAUCUCAGGGUCUUUGUUUAUCAGUCAGAAACAGUUCUAACAGGUCAUUGUGGGCUAUGGGACAGUUAAAACAAUUUGAUAUGCAUGUUUUAUUUUGUGUGCCACAGGGAACAGGCUGGCAGACAGCUAUAGGGCCAGAGAGCAGAGGUAUGUUGCUGUUGCAGAUGUAGAUAUCUGAAUCUAUGGCAAUAUAAACUAUUAAUUAAUGGAGCUUUAGUCAUUGAUGUUUCAGUAUUUGCUUUUUUACUGAGUAAACCAUAGUUGAUUCUACAAUAAAGGGCCACACUGGAAAAUGAGAACCACAUCAAGGGCCAGAUAUUUUGAGUGUAUUGCUUUUAUGUCAUUGAAAAAGAUAAUAGCUUUGACUGUAUUAUUUCAUGUCUUAUAUAGUCUUCUUGCUUACGUUUGGGUGACAAAAAUGUCAUAGAGAAUGCCAAAAACUUUGGAAAAAGCGUCAAAAAUGCAGAAAAAAAGCGUCAAA